UUGUGUUGUUCAUCUCUUUUCCUUUUAGGAUUCUCUCCCUGAAGCCCGGAUGGAAGUGCUCACAUUUCCUGACUCCCACCAUGGUCUCAGAAGACAGAAGAGAGACUGGGUUAUCCCUCCCAUCAGCUGCCCAGAAAAUGAGAAAGGCCCGUUUCCUAAGAAACUGGUCCAGAUCAAGUCUAACAGAGACAAAGAGACACAGGUUUUCUACAGCAUCACUGGCCAAGGAGCUGACGCACCCCCCGUCGGUGUGUUUAUUAUUGAAAGGGAGACAGGAUGGCUCAAGGUGACGCAGCCUCUGGAUAGAGAAGCAAUUGCCAAGUACACACUCCUCUCUCACGCUGUGUCUUCCAACGGGAAUGCAAUUGAGGAUCCGAUGGAGAUUGUGAUCACAGUGACAGAUCAGAAUGACAACAGGCCUGAGUUCAUCCAGGCGGUCUUUGAGGGGUCUGUCCUGGAAGGUGCUCUCCCAGGAACCUCCGUGAUGCAGGUCUCAGCCACGGACGCGGACGACGAAGUGAACACCUACAACGCUGCCAUCGCUUACAGGAUCAUCAGCCAAGAGCCUAAACAGCCUCAUUUGCAAAUGUUCGCCAUCAACAGGGACACAGGAGUCAUCAGUGUGCUCACUACCGGGCUGGACCGUGAGAAGUUUCCCAACUACUCUCUGGUGAUUGAAGCUGCUGACCUUCAAGGUGACGGCUUAAGCACAACUGCGAAAGCUGUGAUCACGGUCCUUGACAUCAACGACAACCCUCCGGAAUUUGACCCAACCACGUACCAGGGGCAGGUUCCUGAGAAUGAGGCUGAUGCCGUCAUCGCUACGCUCAAAGUGACUGAUGCCGACCUCCCCAGAACCCCGGCGUGGGACGCCGUGUACACUGUAAUAAAUAACGACGGCCAGUUUGUUGUCACCACAGACCCAGUAACCAACGAUGGCAUUUUGAAAACGGCUAAGGUUUGUAUGGUGCUUGGCAAGAUGCAGAAACUGACAGCCCAGCCAGCUGCCUACUCCCUUGUCCCUGGAACCUCCGUGAUGCAGGUCACAGCCACGGACGCGGACGACGAAGUGAACACCUACAACGCUGCCAUCGCUUACAGGAUCAUCAGCCAAGAGCCUAAACAGCCUCAUUUGCAAAUGUUCGCCAUCAACAGGGACAGAGGAGUCAUCAGUGUGCUCACUACCGGGCUGGACCGUGAGAAGUUUCCCAACUACUCUCUGGUGAUUGAAGCUGCUGACCUUCAAGGUGACGGCUUAAGCACAACUGCGAAAGCUGUGAUCACGGUCCUUGACAUCAACGACAACCCUCCGGAAUUUGACCCAACCACGUACCAGGGGCAGGUUCCUGAGAAUGAGGCUGAUGCCGUCAUCGCUACGCUCAAAGUGACUGAUGCCGACCUCCCCAGAACCCCGGCGUGGGACGCCGUGUACACUGUAAUAAAUAACGACGGCCAGUUUGUUGUCACCACAGACCCAGUAACCAACGAUGGCAUUUUGAAAACGGCUAAGGGCUUAGAUUUUGAGGCCAAGCAGCAGUACAUUCUCUACGUGACAGUGAAGAAUGUGGACCCCUUUGAAGUCGCUCUGUCUACUUCCACAGCCACGGUCACUGUGGAUGUGAUGGAUGUGAACGAAGCCCCCAUCUUCAUGCCUCCCCAAAAGAGAGUGGAGGUGCCCGAAGACUUUCCAGUGGGACAGGAAAUCACAUCGUAUACUGCCCAGGAUCCGGACAAGUUCAUGGACCAGAAGAUAACGUAUCGGAUUUGGCGGGAUACUGCCAACUGGCUGGAGAUUAAUCCGGACACCGGUGCCAUUUCCACCCGGGCUGAGAUGGACAGAGAGGACGUUGAUCACGUGAAGAACAGCACAUACACGGCCCUCAUUAUAGCUACUGACAAUGGUUCUCCACUUGCUACUGGAACUGGAACCCUUCUCCUGGUCCUCUCCGAUGUGAAUGACAAUGCCCCUGUACCAGAACCUCGAAGUUUGGAAUUCUGCCAGAGGGAUCCACAGCCUCACAUCAUCAACAUCAUUGAUCCAGAUCUUCCCCCCAACACAUCGCCUUUCACAGCAGAACUAACUCACGGGGCAAGUGUCAACUGGACCAUUGAGUACAAUGACCCAGAACAUGAAUCUCUCAUUUUGAAACCAAAGAAAACCCUAGAGUUGGGUGACUACAAAAUAAACCUCAGGCUGGAAGAUAACCAGAACAAAGACCAGGUGACCACCUUAGAAGUGUAUGUGUGUGACUGCGAAGGGGCUGUCAGCAGCUGUAAGAGGAACGCACCCAUUGUCGAAGGUGGAUUGCAGCUUCCUGCCAUCCUGGGGAUUCUUGGAGGCAUCCUUGCUUUGCUAAUCCUGAUUCUGCUGCUGCUGCUGUUUGUCCGGAGGAAGCGGGUGGUCAAAGAGCCCUUACUGCCCCCAGAAGAUGACACCCGGGACAACGUGUAUUACUAUGAUGAAGAAGGAGGUGGAGAAGAGGACCAGGACUUUGACCUGAGCCAGUUGCACAGGGGCCUGGAUGCUCGGCCGGAAGUGACUCGCAAUGAUGUGGCGCCGACCCUCCUGACUAUGCCCCAGUAUCGGCCCCGCCCUGCCAAUCCCGAUGAAAUUGGAAACUUCAUUGAUGAAAAUUUGAAGGCGGCCGACAGCGACCCCACGGCUCCCCCUUACGACUCUCUGCUCGUGUUUGAUUACGAAGGAAGUGGUUCCGAAGCUGCUAGUCUGAGCUCCCUGAACUCCUCGGAGUCAGACCGAGACCAGGACUAUGACUACCUGAAUGAAUGGGGCAAUCGCUUCAAGAAGCUGGCAGAUAUGUAUGGAGGUGGCGUGGAUGAUUAGGGGACUCAAGGCCGAUGAGGAGAGAGAUGGGUCCCUAUACCCGUGUGCUGGGAAAUGUAGGAAUAAUUUUUCUGGAGGUCUUUCAGCUCCCCUUAUGUGAGAUGAAUAUCUGGGGAAGAGAGACGGAUCAGUGGUGCCGCUAGGGUAGUUAUAAUUUCCACUUUGUAGAUCUAAUCUGUGUGUUAGAAAGAUUUUGACUUAUUCCUUGAGUCCUCUCUUUCUCUCAUCACUCUUUACAAGCUUGCAACUUGCAGAUUUUUUUUUAAGGGCGUUGUCUCAUUUUUAAAAGGAAGGGGUGGGGUUGAAUGCCCUAUUGUUUUUAUAUACAUUAAAUUUAAUUUUUAAUUUUUUUUUAUCCUAUCCCUGCUCGGGUGUCUCAUGUACCAGUAUCCACUCUCACUCCUCAAUCUACGUUACCCAAGACAGGACUUCUGUGAGGCAGAAACUAUUGGGCCCUUUUAGGGUAAGAGGCUGUGUCUUAGUCUGGCCAUAUUGUGACUGGGUAUUGUAUACUCUUCAGGUCUUAAACAGUUUUCUUUUUUCAUCUCCUAAGUGUGUAACUUGAAAUGGACAUCUACCCAUUUACUUGUUCUGAGUCAGAAUGUUUGUUAUGUGAAUGUCCUUAUGGGGGUACUUUGGUUCUAAACAAGGAGCCUUGAUCAGAAACAACAAUGAGUUUUCAGGUGCCACUUAACUUUUUAUGUUUAUCACAAAAACUUAAAAGAGCCCGAUGUACUUGGAGACUCGGAACAGUGCCGAAAGUGUGGCAGCCAAAGAGAGAAGAUGGCUUUUCACAGCUGAUGGGAAACAUGAGAAGUGGGCUUGGAGAUGGCAGGAGAAAUUGUCGCGGAGCCUGGCGAUUUAGCAAACUGAGGCUGAGAAUGGUGGACAUGGCUUUACCUCUAGCCCUGAAAAUUCUGGAAAAAAUGGGAAGAAUCUCAACAUGUGUUUCCUACCCAGAUCUCAAGACCAUGGUCCAUAGAAUCCCCAAGUGCUUGCUUCUGUUGAUGUCCACAGGAAGUAGUGGCUGAUCUGGACACACAUGCCCCCAAAUCCGAGAAAACAGAAUAUUAGGAACUCCAAUUUUUUUCCUGGGGGGUAAGGAGAACCUCGAUUGAGAUAUUCUUUUAGUUGAGACUAUCAAAAACAUUUGACAACCACAGAAAAUUGCUUACUGUCCAUCAACUGUUUUUCGAAGGAAAAAAUCAUCCUUGCAACCA